UCGACGGAGAGGAGGAGGAGAGAGAGAGAAAGAGAGAGAGAGAGGGGAGGAGAGCUCCGUCUCUCCCGGUGCACUUGGCAGUCUAGUUGCGGGCUGCUGUGCUGUUGCUGUCGUGGCGUGGCUGGUCGCGCCAGGCGGGGAACUUCACCACACUGGAGCCCGGAGUCCCACUCUCUCACCUGCGCAGUUCGGAGCUGCCAUGGGUUUCUCAACAGGAUAUACUGUCCUAAUUAUUCUACCGGCCUUUCUGCUGCACACCAGCGGCCUUUACAUCGCCAGUAGCGUUGACUCCCUGCAGCACAUCCUGGGGGAGUAUGGACUGGUUAGGCCGAUCAGUGUGGACGCAGAGGGCCGCUUCUUGUCACACGCCGUCUCGGCUGGCAGCAUGGCAGGAGGGCAGUCCCGUAGGCGCCGGAGGAGGGAGGUAGGAGAAGGCAAUGAUGAGUGGGAAGGACCAAGAGGAGCUGUGCCCCCUCAGGAGAGGCUUUACUACAACGUCACCAUCUUCGGCCGGGAGUUCCACUUACGUCUGCGCCACAAUGCCAGGCUGGUUGCACCCGGAGCCAAGAUGGAGUGGCAUGAUGACAACGACAGCAUCCGGUACUCUGAGCCAUUGCACGAUGAAUGCUUGUAUGUGGGUGACAUCACAGACAGGCCAGGAGCCACUGUGGCAAUCAGCAAUUGUGAUGGCCUGGCCGGUAUGAUCAAGACAGAGAGAGAGGAGUUUUUUAUCGAGCCAGUCGAGAGGGGCGAUGGAGUGAUAGAAGAGGAGGAGGAGGGGGGAGGAGGAAGGACACACAUCGUCUAUCGCUCUUCAGCCGUUAAGAAAGUGCCCAUCAGCAGCGCAGCGAACGACUACCACUCCAGAGGCGCAGAUCUUGGUGGCCUGAUGGAUCUGGAGUCUCUGUACCGUGGUGUGGAGCAGAGCAUCAACCACACGCGAGCAGGGCGAAUGCGCAGACAGACCUCUGACAGAGCCUACAACAUCGAGGUGCUGCUGGGCGUAGACGACUCAGUGGUCCAGUUUCACGGGAAGGAGCAUGUUCAAAAGUACCUUCUCACACUUAUGAAUAUUGUGAAUGACAUCUACCAUGACAGUUCUUUAGGAGCAAAAAUCAAUGUGGUUCUGGUCCGGAUUAUCAUGCUGGGCUACGGCAAGUCCAUGAGCCUGAUUGAACUUGGAAACCCAUCCCAGAGUCUGGAGAACGUGUGUCGCUGGGCCUUUCUGCAACAGAAGCAAGACACAGGGGAUGCCGAGUAUCACGACCACGCCAUCUUCCUCACACGGCAGGAAUUUGGCCCCACGGGAAUGCAGGGUUAUGCUCCGGUGACAGGCAUGUGCCACCCGGUUAGGAGCUGCACCCUGAACCACGAGGACGGUUUCUCCUCCGCCUUUGUGGUGGCACACGAGACCGGGCAUGUGCUGGGGAUGGAGCAUGAUGGCCAGGGAAACCGCUGCGGAGACGAGGUGCACUUGGGCAGCAUCAUGGCUCCUCUGGUGCAGGCUGCUUUCCACCGCUUUCAGUGGUCCAAAUGUAGCAUGCAGGAGCUGGGACGAUACCUUCAUUCCUAUGACUGUCUUCGUGAUGACCCUUUUGACCACAACUGGCCAUCGCUGCCUCAACUUCCUGGUUUGCAUUACUCCAUGAACGAGCAGUGCCGCUUUGACUUUGGCGUGGGCUACACGACGUGCACCGCGCUACAAAAGGCGGGGCAGGCAGGAACGCAGUAUCGCACAUUUGAACCAUGCAAGCAGCUGUGGUGUAGCCACCCAGACAAUCCAUUCUUCUGCAAGACUAAGAAAGGGCCGCCCAUUGAUGGAACCAUGUGUGGGGAAGGGAAGCAUUGCUAUAGAGGUCACUGCAUCUGGCUGACCCCCGACCUCAUGAGGCAAGAUGGAAACUGGGGUGCAUGGAGCGAGUUUGGCCAGUGUUCGCGCACCUGUGGUGGAGGAGUACAGUUUCGCACACGCAGCUGUAAUAAUCCAAGACCGCACAACGGAGGCCGGAAAUGCGUGGGGGAGGAUUCCCAAUUCCAGAUGUGCAACACCAACGAGUGUGAGGAUAUUUACAGCGAUCCAAGAGAAGAGCAGUGCCACGCUUGGGCCCUUCACUCUGAAAUCUACACCAACAAGCACCACUGGCUGCCUUAUGAACACCCAGACCCUAGCAAACGCUGCUACCUGCAUUGUCAGUCCAAGGAGACCAGAACCGCAGUCUUCACGGAGACAGUGGUCCUGGAUGGUACGCGGUGCUCAUACAAGGACCCACACAGUGUCUGCGUGGGUGCGGAGUGUAAGAAAGUGGGAUGCGACGGAGUGGUCGGCUCCUCGGAGCAGGAGGACAACUGUGGAGUGUGUGGAGGUGACAACUCCAGCUGCAAAAUCUUCAAAGACACCAUCUCACGUAACGCCAAGAAACAAGGGUUCUUUAAAGUUCUCGAAAUCCCCCGAGGAACGAGGCACUUACUGAUCCAAGAGCUGAAAGCCACCUCGCACACUCUAGUGGUGAAAAAUGUGGCAUCAGGACAGUUCUUCAUAAACGGGGACAUGGAGAAGCCAGAAUCCUACUCGGUCAUAGAGAAGGGGGUGGAGUGGGAAUAUGAGAAUGACAAUGACAAGGAGACCCUUCAGUCAACCGGGCCUCUCAGACAUGGAGUUCUGAUCAUGAUGAAAUUACACGGGGAUGAGGAUGUGAAUUUGUCGUACAAGUACUUGAUGAGAACAGACUCUGACUCUGGAAUUCAGAACAACAUGCUAGUGGAGGACAGCGCUUAUGAAUGGGCCCCAAAGAAAUGGUCUUACUGCUCCAGGCCUUGUGGUGGAGGAAAGCAGUACCUGCGAUACGGCUGCAGAAGAAAAGUCGACAGCAAGAUGGUUCAUAAAAGGUUCUGUAACAAGUCCAACAUGAAACCGAGAGGUGACAUGAGGGACUGCAACCAGAAGGCCUGCCCUCCUCCCAUCUGGGUGACGGGCGAGUGGCAGAACUGCAGCAAGCCAUGUGGAAAGACGGGCAUGCAAGUCCGAUCGGUGAGCUGCGUCCAGCUUUCGGAUGACAACACAACGCGUGCUAUCCACAACAAACACUGCAACGACAACCGACCAGAGUCGCGCAGAUCCUGCAACCGAUUUCCCUGCCCCACCCAGUGGAGAGUUGGACCGUGGUCACAGUGCUCAGUGACAUGUGGUAAUGGGACCCAGCAGAGACAGGCUUUGUGUCACACCAGGGACAACACCAUCGGCCUGUGUCUCGACAGUAAGCCAGACACCAUAAGAGUUUGUCGCCUGACACCAUGUUCCAAGGGCCCACCAGACCUCAACAAGAACGGCAACAUUUUGAUCCAGUGGCUGUCACGCCCCAACCCCAACUUCCCGAAGAUCUCCUCACGCCGUUGUCAUGGAGACCGGUCUGUCUUCUGUCGCAUGGAGGUGCUGAAACGCUACUGCUCUCUACCGGACUACCAGCGCAUAUGCUGCGAAUCCUGCAGCAAUGUCCUUAACAUAGUGCCUGUCCCCAGCUCCACCCCCAGAGCCACAUCCAUCACAGUUACAUCUCCUCCAACCACAAGCAUCCCAAGCUCUGGCUUCACCACCUUACAACCCUCCAAAGCUGUCAUCACAUCAGUUUCUACCAUUAGUUCACCGUCUACUGCUCAUCCUCCUACAUCUACCCCUACAGCUCCUCAUGCCACCCCACUGAGUACCGCACAAAUGAUUACCAUUCAUUCACCGGCUACCACCAGGGCCCCUGUUUACCCUACAACUUCUUCCAUAGCAAUCACCAGGGAGUCCACAACCAUUCGCAGUGUUACCACAUAUCCUCUACCUUUGCCUCCUCCAGACAUAAACAACAGCACUGAAAAUCUGGUGCACACAUCUACAAAUACACCAGUAACAUUUGGUUUGAAAACGGACACAACAACAACCACUCUGCCAAUGACCCAGCCAGCAGAAAACAGUAAAAAGACAGACAUUCUACAGAACUCCAAGCCUAAGAAGACUAUUCCGCCAAAGAAAACCUUGAAAAAGACAAGUCCAACAAAGCAGAAUCCAAAAAAGAAUACGACCCCGAAAAGCAUUCCAGGAAAACCCUCUAUACCAAAGCUCAAUCCCAAGAAGAAGUCAUACAGUACUCCAAAAAAGGUUACCUCAGGAAACACUUCUCCGAAAAAGACUACUCCAUCGAGCACUACUCCGAAAAAGACUACUCCAUCGAGCACUACUCCGAAAAAGACUACUCCAUCGAGCACUACUCCGAAAAAGACUACUCCAUCAAAGAAUGUUCCCAAAAAGACUACUCCAGUAAAAACUACUCUUAAAAAGAAUACUCCAUUGACCACUUCUCCAAAAAAGACUACUCCAUCAAACGCUACCCUCAAAAAGAUUAUUCCUGCUAUCACGUCUCCAAAAAGGACUACUCCACCAAACACUACUCCAGUGAAAAAGACUACUUCAUCAAGCACUGCUCCCAAAAAGGCAACUUCAGCAAAUAAACCCCCCAAAAAGACUCCAGGGGAAAAAAUUAAACCUUCCCCUAAAAAAGAUGCUCCACCAAAUUCCAAUACUCAAAAGAAAACUGAACCAAAGAUAAAAGUUACAAAGCACAAGCCACCAAAGAACCCAAAACCAGCACCCAAAAGUGGCUUAAACUCACAGGCAAAAGUUAAUCAGAAUAUAUUUAAGGUGGUAAAGACUUUUCCAAAAAAGAAAAAACAUCAUUACACAACUACUCCUCCUUCAACCAAGCAACCACCAACAGAGGACUUUUUUUCUACUAUUUCUUCCAGCAUUACCUGUACAACGAUAAGCUUCCUUUUCCCUGAGUCAAAAAUCAAUGUGCCAUACAACAUUAAUAACGUAGAAGUUACAAAUGAAACUCCAUGUUGGUACCAUGACAGCACAAAUACUGGACCAACAACACUCAGUACUUUCGAUGAUCUCGUAAUACCCACUGAAAAUAGUUUGGUCGAGGAUGUCACAAUGCCCAGGGAAGCCGUGCCUUACAUAGAUGUCCCAGUGACUAAAAGCGUUGACGUUUCAGUUACCAGUAGCAACAGUCGCGAUGGUGGUGACAUCACAGUGUCUUACACUAAAAGCGGCACAAACGUAUUAACAAAGCCCAAGGUUAACAAGAGUAGAUUUAAGGUGGUAAAGACUUAUCCAAAAAAGAAAACACAUUAUUACAUAACUACUUUCCCUCCCUAUUCAAGUGGGCAGCACCCAAUAGAGGAUCUUUCUUCUACUAUUUCUUCGAGCAUUACUGGUACAGCAAUGAUCUCCCUUUUCCCUAAAUCAAGAAUCAAUGCCCCAUAUGUCAGUAAUAGCAUGGAAGCUACAGAUCAAACUCAAUCGUGGUAUGAUGAAAGUGCAAAUGCUGGAACAACAACACUAAGUACUUUUGAUGAUCUCGUAAUACCAACUGAAAACAGUUUUGUCGAGGAUAUCACAACGCCCAAUGAAGCCAUGCCUUACAUCACUGUGCCAGUGACUAAAAGCGUCGAUGUUUCAGUCCCCAGUGAUAACAAUCCCAGUAGUGAUGCCAUUACAGUGUCCUAUAGCAAAAGUGGCGUAAACUUAAAAGCCAAAGUUGAUAAGAGUAGAUUUAAGGUGGUAAAGACUUAUCCAAAGAAGAAAACACGUUAUUACACAACUACUCUCCCUCCCUCUUCAGAAGACAAUGGUAGCAAUCCCAGUGGUGAUGACAUCACCGUGUCCUACAGAAAUGUGGGCGUGGUCAGUAACACCAUGGUGAUAGAGGACAGCCUCACCAUGGCAUUCCCAAUCAUAAAUGGAGAUGAUAUGACAGAGCUAAGCUCUUCACCCUGGCUGGAUCAGGCGGAGUACAUCCCUGCGAAUAUACCUGUUGACACAACAUCUUCAAACACAGGUACUGCCUCACCUCCCACCACAGGUACAAAUACAAACCCAACAACCCUCACCACCACCAUCUCCACUCUAAGACCUCCACGAAGUGCUGAGAAAAACAGUGAAGACAACUCGAUCGAUGUUUUUUACAGCAGGGUCAUCAACUCGGAGAGCGACAUCUCUCAGAACAACUUGAUCCCAAAGCAUCGGAUCAACCUUAGAGAAAGAACCAGGAACAAACGCAUUCAGGAGCUCCUAGAGGAGAAGCGAAACUUUCUCUUGAGGAUGAAGAGAGGCCACGCAGUACAAUAAACCAAGCCUUAUCAUUUCUCUUAUAGAGAUGAACACUUUGUCUGAAAACACCGCUUAUCUGCCGCAAUGCUUUCUAAUGGGUAGUUCCACCAAAAAAAGAAAGAAAAAAAAAGCUGUCAUAUCAGUCAAAUGUUUGCACAGUUGCUUUAAGUAAAGCCCUUUAGGGUACCGAUUGCUGCAAAUCGCCUUGCCUGUGCACACACAAUAAAGAGAAGCAGAAGGAAUUAAAAAAAAAAUGUACAUCCAGGAUUACAGCACUUUACAAAGCUCGGCUUUUAUUUCCCUAAACCACCCUUUUGCUUAAGAAUUCAGUGAUAAUGUAGAUUUUAAAAAAUGACAGUGGUACUGACACUCGCACGGCAACAAAAUCUACCACCUAGAAUCCAAAGUUUCAUCCCAUUUCAGAUUACAGCCCAGGACUGCAGUUUGCACAGUACAAAUAUGAAUACAUUUCAAUUGAGUGGCCAAUACGCAAAGCAGACAUUUAGCUUCUAUUUCACUUAACUGCAAACUAAAUUGCAAAAGUUUACACUGGUUGGAUUCUGUUGUCAUUUCCAGAGCAGUUACUUAUCUCUCAGGAAGUAAAGCUACAGUAUGACAGUUUGAUGAGGGACAUUGCCAAAUACUUGGUGCUUAAAUAGUAAAUUAUAAUAUGUCAUUAAGGUAAGCAGUACAAAAAAAUAACCAGAGAAAAAGAAAAAAUACACAUUUUUAUUAAAACAUUUUUACAUUCAAGGGUGCUUUGUUUGUCACUGCUGCUAAAAGCGAUGUCCCUCAUGCAUUUAUUUCUAUAGGAAAACUACAAAAAUUUAAAAGGAAAGUAUGCAAGGCUUUUUAUGGUAUCUCUAUCCAAAGAAAAACUUUGAAGGCCAGUUUGUUAUCUUUAUUUUUUUUUGUAUAAAAGGUUUUGUUUGUGCAUUUAAUGUGCGGCAACUGCAUCUACAAGUCUUCUUGUACAAUACAUGUAUAUAUGAAACAGAAGUUAAUGUUUACUAUUUAUUAAAGACUAAGUGCCUGUGGUAUUUUGCAAUCACAAGCGUGAUUUUUGUUAUUGUGGCACAUGACAAUACGGACACACAAACCAGUCAUGGACUCAGCUAUUUGUGAGUAGCCAUCAGAAUUAUUACAAGCUGUCCUUUAAUCUAUUAAUAUUCCUUUUUAAAAUUGCAAUACCUGGCACCAGGUACACAUACAAAACAUAGAAGCUAAUUCCUCUCAACAUUGCACUAACAUUUCUCUUGCUUUUCUUUAUGACAACAAAAUCUGAUAAUGUUAGGGCCAUGAUUUUUGAUGUAAUGUUAUUCCAUCCCAAAGGGCUGAUUCUGUUAAUCUGGACAUAGCGUUUUCAGUGGGAGAAACAUUUCGUCACUCAUCUGAGUGACUUCUUCAG